GGUCAAAGACGCAGGUGCCAAUUUGGUUAUCUGCCAAUGGGGAUUUGACGAUGAAGCUAACCAUCUUCUCCUUCAGGAGAAACUACCAGCUGUUCGUUGGGUUGGUGGCCCGGAAAUCGAACUAAUAGCCAUGGCUACGGGCGGGCGUAUCGUUCCUAGAUUUGAGGAACUUACGAGCGAAAAGCUAGGCAAAGCUGGCAUUGUUCGUGAGUUAACGUUUGGUACGACGAAGGAUCGCAUGUUGGUCAUCGAAGACUGUGUUAAUUCCAAAGCUGUCACUUGUUUUCUGCGUGGAAGCUCUCGGAUGAUUGUUGAUGAAGCCAAACGAUCCCUGCACGAUGCGUUGUGCGUUGUCCGAAAUCUCGUAAGGGAUUCACGUGUUGUUGCUGGUGGUGGUGCCUCUGAAAUCGCUUGUUCUCUGGCCGUUUCUUCCGAGGCUGAUAAAGUGGAAGGGUUGGAGCAAUAUGCGAUGCGUGCCUUCGCCGACGCACUGGAAGCCAUACCGAUGGCUUUGGCAGAAAAUUCAGGCCUUCCUCCCAUCUUGACGGUUGCCGAGCUCAAAGCACGCCAACAUGCAGAGAAUAACCCUUGUCUUGGAGUUGAUUGUCUUAAUGUGGGCACAAACGACAUGAAAUCUCUAAAUAUCCUGGAGACGCUUAGCUCAAAACGCGCACAAAUCAUGUUGGCAGUGCAGUUGUGCAAAAUGAUUCUCAAGAUUGAUGAUAUUCGCGUGUCUGUUGAUGUAUAACCGCGUUAUGCUUGUUUCUUCGUAUGAACCUGUUUGAACUCCUUAAAUCGGUUUUGACAUCACCUGCCUUUUCUCUAAAACACAAUUGUACUUAGCUGCCAGGAGAUUGGUUGCUGCUCAAACGAUAGCGGUACCACCUUGCUUCUU